AUGCAGGGCAUGCAAGGGGGCUCCGGGGUUGGCACACAGCCAGGCCGGAUACUUGUCGACGAUGUCGACGCCUGGGAGGUUAGCUGGAGGGAUAGGGGGAGAAGACGGGAGAGGAGCAGACGCACACAAGAUGACAGGGAUCUGGAUGCAGAACCAGACGAGCCAGACGGUGUCGCGCCAGGUUCUGGGAGAGGUGGCCAUGGUGUCGAUUGGUUGUCGCGAGGCGAGAUGGAUGGUGGGAGUUGGGUUGGCUGA